ACAAGUUAUUUGAAACUAUUCUAGCCUUUCUCAAGUCAACCACAAGUGUUGUGAAAAUUCUGUUGGAAAGGGAAUAGCAGCAACCAAAAGUGCGUCUUCAUGCGAAUCGAAUUGAAUCGAAUUGGAAGGCCCGCCUUAAAAUUGGCCGUUUGAAACGGAUUCCGCAAUGGAAGUCUUUCCUUGUUUGGAAAGAGAAGGAAGAAGUAGUUCGAGUCCUUCGGAUAACAACCAUAAUAGUACUUCCAAGACCGAUACACUGAAAGUUUAUGUUAGAGUGCGACCAUUAAAUGUUAGGGAGCGUGAAGUGGUAAGAUCGACUAGUCUGUCAUGGCAGAUAUAUGGAAAUCAAAUAACGCAGUGCCACGCUGGUAAACCGUUGACCUAUUGUUCUUAUGCUUUUGACAGAAUAUUUACACCUGAAGAUAACAACAAAAUUGUUUUCGAAGAAGCUGCUAGUUCAGUGGUUGACUCGGUAAUCGAUGGUUAUAAUGGUACCAUAUUUGCUUACGGACAAACUUCAUCUGGAAAGACACAUACAAUGCUAGGUACACCUGAAGAUAAAGGAAUUAUUCCGCUUUCCAUUUAUCAAGUUUUUGGACGCCUCGAAAGGAUAGAAGAUAGGGAAUUCCUGCUAAGAGUAUCCUACAUUGAAAUAUACAAUGAAAAUAUUCGAGAUUUGUUAGCACCACAUAAUGAAAAUCUCAAAGUACACGAAGAUUUCAAUGGAAGGGUGUUCGUCGAUGCAAAGGAGGAAGUUGUUGAUACUCCUGAGACAGUUCUUGAGAUAAUGAAGAAGGGAGAAAGCAAUAGGACCAUAGGUUCGACCAACAUGAAUGAACAUUCUUCACGUUCACAUACGAUAUUUACUGUCUUUAUUGAGUCUCGUGAAAAGAAUAGAGACAUUGAAAGCGAUGGACUUUCCGUGAGAGCGAGCACGUUGACUUUAGUUGAUUUAGCUGGUUCUGAGCGUGUUUCCCAAACAGGUGCUGAGGGAUCAAGGCUGAAGGAAGGCAUGCAUAUAAACAAGAGCCUACUCACGUUAGGGACUGUCAUUAAUAAGCUAUGUGAAGGAGUUAAUAGUCAUAUUCCUUAUCGAGAUUCCAAGCUUACUAGAAUCUUACAGCCUGCAUUGGGUGGUAACUCAAAGACAACUGUUAUUUGUGCAGUCACUCCUGCUGCUAUGCAUAUAGAGGAAACUCAUUCAACGUUGAAAUUUGCGAGUAGAGCAAAGAAGGUAAAGAUUAAUGCGUAUUGCAAUGAAAUUUUAGAUGACAAGGCUAUGUUGUCGAACUAUCGUAAGGAAAUAGAAAUGUUGCGUAAUCAGCUGACGGAACUGCAACAAGAUCGUCAAGGAGGAGAAAAAUCUUUACCUUAUGAAAGUGGUCAAGAGAUUAUUCGAGAAAAUGUUGACAGUGAACCAACACUCUCAGAGAUAGAUUUUUCUGCUCCCCGAAAGAGGAUGUAUGAUGGUUAUAUCAACGAUGAACACUUGUCAAAAUUGCAAAAACUCUCAACUCACCAUUGCGUUAUCUCGACAGAAUCUCCUCGCAAGCGGACAGUCGUUUCUUUCGUGCAUGCAUCAUUUGACACAUUCGACUACAUGGAAAGUUAUUUGGUGUCUCUAGAAAACACUCUCAAAGAAGAAGAAAACGAAAUACAAUGUUUAAAGAGUCAACUUAUGCAAGUAACAAACAACAACGAGUUGUUAGAAAUGGAGAAUGCUUCUUAUAGAAAGCGUUACACUGAGUUAUACAGUCAACAUUGUUUUCGAGUGUCGCAAGAUGUCGUUACGGAUUUAAUGAACAACGUCGUGCAAAAUGAGUUGGAAAGAUGUUCUGAAUUGAAGUGCAAACAGUGGGAGCAACAUAAUAGAAAACAAGAUGAAAAGUUGUUCGAAUUGUUUCAGCAGAAAGAAGAGUUGGAGAACAGAAUCAACGCUUUGGAAGCUGAUUUGUCCAAGAAAACAUCACAGUUAGAAACAUAUCACACGGCUAUGCUUCCCAAUGGGAAUCAGUCUAUUUUAAAGGAAAAUGACUCCUUGAAACAAAAAGUUACGGAAUUGGAGUCAAAAUGUCGCUCUUCCAAGGUUCUUUGUUCGCAAGCAACAUCAGAGAAACAGCAACUGGAAAGAGAGUUGAAAGUUUUGCAAAAACAGUUGCGAAAGCUAGAAGCGGAGAAUGUGAAAUUGAAGGAAUCUUCUUCGAAACAAAAGGAAAAUUCAUCGCAAGUGAACAAUUUGGAAAAUAAGCUGGAAGACUUGACGAAAGAUAGAGAGAAAACUAUGGAAGAAUUGCAAACUCUUGAAAAGGAAAAGAAUGAAUUUAUGCUUGAGAAUAAGACGUUGUUAAUGAAACUAGAAGAAGCAAGAGAACGAGUUGAGAAUUUUCGGAGCGAUUUGGAACAGAGUAGAGAAGAGUCAUCUAAGGUCGCUGCUCAAAACGAGUUGCUUCAACAAGAAAAUGAACAGAUGCGACACCAGAUAGUGUCUUUGAAUGACAACCUUGAAGAAAUUUCUGCAAUUAAGAAGAGCUUAUCUAGAAAUGUGGAAGAACUGGAACAAAGAGUACAUGUACUAGAGAGUUCCUAUAAUGAGUUACAAAGUCGUCGUGAAGAAGAGCAGAGAGAAUUUGAGGAAGAGCGAAACAGCAACUAUGAGCAACUAACGGAAGCACAUUUACAGCUGGAGCAAUCGAAAGUUGCAAUAGAGCAGUUACAAGCGUCGCUCAGCGAUGAACAGAAAAAAUCUCAAAGCUACUAUUCCGAGUUAGAGGAGGUCCGAGAAAAAUACGUAGAAGAUACGGAACACUGGAAAGAGUUGUCAGAACAUAAGGAUUCUGAAUUCGAGAGAAUUUCGGUUCUUUAUUCGGAGUUACUGACCAGUUUGGAGUCGGUGGACAGUGAACGACGUCAACUGGAAAGAGAUGUGAAUGACUGUUCGCAUACUAUCCUAUUGAUAAAGGAGCGCUUGGAACUUGUUUGGAAGGAGAAGCAACAGUUAUCGAUGGAACUGGAUUUGUCUAAAGAGUUGCGCGAUAAUUAUAAGCCAAUCUGUAAAACUUCGAUCCCCUCGCUCAGUAUCAACCCUUCCACAGUCAUAAGUUUGCUUCCAGUCGAAGGAGAUGACCCGAAUUCUUUGUGGAAGCAAGAAUUCGAAAAAACGAACCAAGAACUAGCAAAGUUUUAUAAGGAGAAGAAGAAGUUGUUGGAGACGAUCCAUCAAAGAGAUCAAAAAAUCGAACAACUGGAAAAUUCUUACCGGAAUCUCGUGGAAGAUAACGGCGUGAUAGGCAAGUUGAAGCACAAAUUGGAGCGAAGAGAUGCUGACUUGAAACGAGUCAAUGAAGAACUUCGUAAAGUAGAAGAGUUGGCUGUUGCUGCGUGUAAAGGCUCCGGCUUUGAAGAUGGUCGCCAAUUGGUUCGUUUACAAGCAGACAAUCAUGCUUUGCAAGAUCAAGUAACUAGUCUUAACAGACAAAUUGAGAAUCUGCAAAAUGAACGACAGCAAUUGCUAGAAGAGUCUAGUAGACUCCGAAAGGAAAUCAAAAAACGAGACCUUCAUCGUAUUGAAUUGGAAGAAAAAUUUUGUUUAUGGAAGCAACAGUUAUAUCAAGAUGAUCAAAACGGGAGAACAAAAAGGAAACCGCCUCGUCCUCCACUUCGGGUUAUUCCAAACGAAACUCAAUAAAGAAUCUUCUGGUUUCACUGCUUGUUGUUGGGAGUUGUGGUUA